GCGGAUGACCCCCAAAUAGCUCUGGCAGACUCCCCGUGACCCACCCGCACCAUGACCAGGCGUCCCCACCCUGGCCUCCGGGGCACAGCCCAGAGAGUAUAAAUGGUGCUGGAGGCUGAUGGAAACAGCCCAGCAGAGUCCCAGCAGCAGACCGAACACAGACUCUGAGACGCACCAUGAGGCCCCUCAUGCUCCUCGCUCUCCUGGCCCUGGCCGCACUCUGCCUCACUGCCCAGGCAGAUGCAAAGCCCAGCGGUGCAGAGUCUGGCAGAGGUGCAGCCUUCGUGUCCAAGCAGGAGGGCAGUGAGGUAGUGAAGAGACUCCGGCGCUAUCUGGAUCACGGGUUGGGAGCCCCAGCCCCCUACCCGGACCCUCUGGAGCCCAAGAGGGAGGUGUGUGAGCUCAACCCGGACUGUGACGAGCUAGCUGACCACAUCGGCUUUCAGGAGGCCUACUUGCGCUUCUACGGCACAGCCUAGAGCUUGCACCUCUGCCGGCCUGCUGGCCCCCGACCCACUUCCCACCCUGGCUUCUCUCUAUGACCCCUUCCCCUCCCCUCGCCCUGACCUCCCUGCCCUACAAGUGUGGGGUCACCAUCCGCCCAGCUGCUCCAGAAUAAACUCCAGAAGAGGAA